AUGGGCACCGAAAACGACAUAGUCGCUAGAUUCGAUAUCGCGCUUGACGCUGGUAGCGAUCCAAUUUUUAAAGGUGGUGAAGUCAUCACGGGAAAACUGCUCAUUGAGCUUCGCAAACCAAUUAUUAUUAAUGCGGUUAAAUUGCAAAUGAAAGGACGUGCAGUUUGGCUUAAUGAUCCAAUGAAGAAGGAUGACAUUGAAAAGGUUUAUUUUGAUCAAGAUUUCACCUUGCUCGAACGUCCUCCAGGCAAACCGGAACCUGGUCAUUUCCAAUGGAUUGGCGAUUUUACAUACAGUCUGCCAUUUGAGUGUCCACUUCCGAAAGGAUGCCCGAGCUCCUAUGAAGGACCUCAUGCUUAUAUCAGAUAUUUCAUUCGUGCUAGUUUGGUCCAAGAGGAUGAAUUCGAAAAAAUUCAUGAAUAUUAUGUAAAGAAAGCGUUCACACUUCUCGCACCUUCUGAAGGACAUCUGGUCGUUGGAGAGCCAGCAGAAGCUGCCGACAAAGCGGUUCUCGGAAAGUGCUGUUGCAAAUCGAAAAUUUCGGCCGAGUUGAAAAUUCCGAAGACCGGAUAUUUGCCAGGCGAAAAUGUUUAUGGCGACUUAAAAAUUGGAAAUAAACAUCCAAAGGACAUCCUCUCACAUAUGGAAGCGAGAUUGGUUGAUCGCGUUCGCAGAAUUGGAGCACCGGAAAUUGCUGCUGCAUCGCCUUGGAGAACAUUGCUUGUUAGGAAGCUUGAGUCGACUCAUGAGACUCCGAAUAAAACGAAGGGGGCCAUUGAACAAAACGGAUUGUUCCUUCUCACAAUCCCGCCGGUCUGUCCGAGUACCAAAGAAGACUAUGAAGAUCCAUCGAAGCAGGAACACAUUCUAUCUCCAUUCGGGAAACUUCUCGAGAGUCCAUCAACUGCAACAUUGAAAUUCAGAAAGAUUCCAUUCAUCAAGAUUGAGUACGGAAUCCAAGUUACUCUUGGUACGCACAUUCUUAUGGAAAUUCCAAUCGAAAUCGGAGAGCUCUCGACAAGAAGCGAGAACAACUCUCGGGAACUGUUUGUUGCGGGACCACAGCCGGUUGAGGAAGCCGACGAAAAAGGCAAAAUUGCCGUCAAUGGACCAUUUGUGUACACUCCAAUUUAUCCAUAUCCUAAAGAAAACCUGAAGGAAAUUGGAAAUGGAGUUUCUGUUGCUCACACUGAAGUUCCAUUGCACACUCAAAUUUCGCAUCACUCGACACAUUCUGAACCAGAAAAGACUAUUGUCACUACCACGCGUACUAUUGUGACACACUCCGAUGGUCAUGAAUCAAAAACCAUGGAGGAAACUGUUGUGGAGACGGAAGGAGAGGUUGUUCGAACUGUUCAAGAAAGUGCGGUUAAUGAUAAUGGCAUCAAAACCGAGAGAAUCGAGACAACCAUUGUUGAUGCUGCUGGAAAUGAGACAACUUCUGUGGAAGAGUCGAAGACUCGUGUUGCUGAAACUGCUGAAAUUCCAGAAAUUAUCCAGGAAGCCAGAGAGAAAAUUGAGCAGCAUUUCGAUGAGGCCGAGAAGAACUCGUCAUCCUCUCACAAUUCGUUGCCAACAUGUGAGGCGUUUAAAAAUGAGGCUGGAGAGGAAACGAUUGUCUAUACUGAGGCCAUUGAAGACGGAGACACCAAAAUCAUUAAAACUACUACUGUUACUAAGCAUGCUGAUGGAAGCGAGUCGACCUUUGUUCAAGAGAACACUACAACCGAGAAAAUCGUUAACAGAAUUGAGGAUUGA